AUGGUUGACUUUAUCGAGUUAUAUCGAUCGGAACCUUGCUUAUGGCAAGUUAAAUCUGCCGAUUACCACGAUCGCGCAAAGAAGGAUGCUGCAUACAAUACAUUGGCCAAAAAGUUGGGGGAAUUAGAACUUGGUGCCACAAAAAAGAGUGGCUUAGCAAAAAUAAACAACCUAAGGUCAGCUUUUCGCAAAGAGCAAAAGAUAGUUGGGAUAUCAAAGAAGUCUGGAACAUCUGCAGAUAGUAUCUACAAGCCGGUGCUUUGGUACUUUGACCUUUUGGAGGCGUCAACUUCAAAUCUGGACAGUGAUAGUGAGGAGGAAUCGGCUGACAAUUCACUUCCAGUUGAAAAAGAUGUAAACGAUUAUGUUGAUGUUGAAGGCUCUACAUCAGCAACUGAGAAUGUUCCAGCAAAACAACAAAGUACGCCAAUUUCAAGGCCUGGUUUAAAUAAAAAAAGAAAUAUUAAUGAUGAUCUGUCAACAGAAGUACUUACUACAGUGCGCGACCACUUCAAAGCACCAAAGGAACAACCUGACCGUUAA